AUGCUUAAACGGAAAAGAUCAGAUCUUGAAAAUUCAUAUAGUAUAAUUGAAGAGAGGAAUAAAAAACUUAUAGAAAUUAAAGAAAAACUCGAAAACUUAUUGACAGAUUACUCAUCAAGAUUCUUAAAUUGCUAUAACUCAGAAGGGUUUCAUAAAAAAGUGCUUUUGCUCCAGGAAGAGAUAGAAAAGUUAAAGAUAUUGGACAAUGAAUUAAAAUACGUAUGUGAAGUUAAUAGCGAUGUUGCCGUGCAGUGUUUUAACUUGGAAAAUGAAAUAAAUGAAAUUUCUAAUAAAUUUUAUGAAUUUCAAGAGCAAUUGGAUUUUGAUUCAAGAUUCGUAUACUAUUUUAAUUCCAGAGGAACAAAAAAGAGCUAUUACCUUGGCUUAUAUGAUAUUAAACCUCGAAAAUGAAAUAAAAUAAAUAUAGAUUUUGAUAUUGGUAGGCAUAGUAGAUCAUGCCAAGCUCAGCUACCCAGAUCAGAGCUCUUUUAUCAUUUCAAUAAUAAAGAUAUGAUAUCUAAUAGUAGCUGCAUUAUUGAUUUAAAAUCUUUCACAGUUAAAAGAUACUUACCUAACAUACGUGAAUUAGGUUACCCGAUAUGUGUUUAUUAUGAAAAUUAUAUUUAUGUUUUUGGAUGUCGUGACUUAAAGCAAAGAGCUCUUAAAUUUGAUUUACUAAAAGAUAAGUGAAUUAAAUUACCUACGAUUUUAGAAAAUCUUCAACAAUAUUGCUUACUCGCCCCCUCUGUGAGCAAAAAUAAAUUUGUUUUCUCACCUAAAGGGUUGAUUUUUUUCCAUAAUUUAAUAAAAUCCAAUUUGUAAAAAUUGAGAAAUAAAAACUAAUUUAAAAAUGUUUUAAUAUGCAAGCUGUUAAAAUUAAACAGUAUUAGCAGAAUUUUAAUUAUAAUAAUUAUCACUUAUAUCAAAUUUUGCAUAAACAAAUUUUUGUUCGCUAAAGAAGAGCGAGUUUUUAGGGAGUUUUCAAAAGGUUUUGUUCGGUAAACUGAGAGGGGAGUUAGAAAUUUUUAAAAAAUGUUUAUUGCUUGUUGGAAACUGCGAUGGUAAAAUAUUUAAAUAUGACUUUGAAAUAGAAAGUUACUCAAUUAUAGACUUAGAAUUUUCACCAGCAUGAGGUGGCGUUGGGGUUAUUUCAGCCAAUUCAAGAGCAUAUAUCUUUGAGAGCAGUAGCUUUCUUCAUGAGAGCGAAAUUGAUAACGAAUAUGUUUGGCAAAAGAUUGGAAAAUUCAACUUCAGAUUUUAUGAUGUUCUUUGCAAAAAGUACGUGAAUGCUUCUAUUCUUAUCACAAUGCCUUCUGGAAAUGGACUUCGGGUUUAUAGAUUUGAAUUAAAAUCCAAAACAUUUAAAAUGAUGAAAGAUAUUAAAGAUUAA